AGGCGUUCCCGGCCCGCGGACGCUUAGAGAAGGGAGCUUCGGAGUUAUGGGGGGACCCACCCUUCUAUUUAAUAACUGAGAAAGCCACGGGAGGGGACUUGCUGGGCUCACAGCCAGUGAUCCCUGCCCUGUUUCCUUAUGGGGACUGCGGUCGGAAAUGGGGAGUGGGGCAGAACCUGUCACCGUCACGGUCCUAUUUAGAGAGGAAGGUCGGAGAAACCAGAGCAGUGGAAGGCUCUCGGGCGUUGUCAGGCGCUGUCCCCAGAUCACCGGCUCUAUGACCCUGGGAGAAUGGGAACUUCGUGAGAGCAGGGACAUGAGGGUGAACUGCUCACCCAGGCACCGCUGGCGCCCGGAACCCAGCUCCCUCGGGGCUCCGGAGAGGCGGCCUCAGCCGUGUGCUGGUGCUGCCCUCCAGUGGCGCUGGGUCCCCAUGGCAUCUGGCUUUCUCCUGCUCCCCAGUGGCCUUUUCUUCUCCCACCCACCUGUCACCAGCCCCCAGGGUAAGUCUCUGUGUGACUCUAGGGUGAAGGUGGAGGGACCUUGCCUCCGAGGAUUCAUCCCACCUGGAUUCCGAUGAGUGAGAGACCCUCUCUGGCACCUGGUGUUUGAAUGGCCAGCCUCACAGUUAAUAAAGACAAGUUUGGUAUCA